AUGUCGAUCAAUGUAUUCAUCGUCUACAAGAUCAAUGCCGUCCAUCUGCUCACAUCAAUGUUUGAAGUCGUUUGCGCCGAGAAGCACGGGAAGACAUACUCGCUCAUCCUGUUUACGAAGACGCGUUGGGGCACAGGUCAUUUCAUGCUUCAUCGCAAUCUGCUCCUAAAAUCAGUCCUCGUUUCCAUGCGGAACUCAAUUGACCACGAUGACAAGUUCAAGGACGUGGCGAUGGAGCCGGAGCUUCGGUCAGCCAUCCUCGAUGUCUCAUUCUGGAAGUCGACUUUUGCCCUCGAGAAGCUUCUGAAGCUUCUGUGCAUGACCAUCGGCCAUUUAGAGGGCGAUGAGACCACGUUCUCGGCGUUGUUUGCCAGCUUUCUCGUCACAGCACAUCACUUCAGCUCAAACUGA